AUGUGUGAAUCAGAUACAAACAGUGGAAGAGGCAAUGAAAAUGGUGUUGAUUUAAAUCGAGAUUUUCCAAGUCAAUUUGAUAAUGUAUUAACAACGGAUUUAUUUAGUAAUAGACAACCGGAAACUAUUGCAAUUAUGAAAUGGAUAUUAAAAGAAAAUUUUGUUUUAUCGGGAAAUUUGCAUGGUGGAGAUAUAGUAGCUUCUUAUCCAUACGAUGAAACAGCACAUCAUAUAGCUAGUACUUAUGGAACAACACCCGAUGAUUCAUUAUUUCGACAUUUGGCACGUGUUUAUUCAAAUAAACAUUUGAAAAUGCAUUUUGGUAAUUCUUGUACUGAACAUUUUCCUGAAGGUAUUACAAACGGUGCAAAAAUGUAUGAUGUGGCAGGUAUGUUCCGAAAAAUUGACCGUACAGCACGUUGAUUUUUUUGGUUUCGCGUGCCAUUUUUUAUGUGGAUAUCACAGAGGAUCGCGAUUUGCACCAUCGUAUUCGCUAUGAUCUCUUGUCUAUAUGAUUCAGUUUUAAUUACAAAAAACUUCGUUUUGUCAAGUUUUUAUUUAAAAAAAGAAUAAGUGAGUUUUUAUGGUCGAAAAAUUAUCCAUAAAGCAUAAAAAAUGACAAAAUAAAGGCUGGACUUUGAUCUUAAAGUGGGAAUUUCGGAAGGAAAAGUCUCUCUUAGCUCUUUCUCACUUUCAUGAACGCUGAAAAGUUAAAAAAAUCAUUUCAUCACUUCUAUUUGAAAAAUAUUUUUGAUAAAUGGCGUCUAGACGAAAGGAGUAUUCUCGUGAUAUCAGAUGCUAAGGCGAUGAAAUAUUUUUUUCAAGUACUUGUGAGAUGACUUGAACUGUGAGGAUCAAGGUACAUCAAAAUAUAUACUUUGGAUGGUAUUUAAGCACAUUCGAACUUACUAAGUUUGAAAAAAAGACGAAACACCGAUCCCCAUUUCCCAAUGUUUAUUAAAAUCUACAAAUUCAAAAGCUAUUUUGUCAGCGGAUAGAACACAUCAGAACGUACUAGAAAAUGUCGAAUAGACAAAAAGCGCAACUCAUUUCUGUCGAGUUAAAGGGCAGAACAAAAUCAUAGCUAAUAUAUCAUUAACUUGAAACCGGCGCCAAAUGAACAAACUGACACCAAAGCAAAGCAAAUCGAUAUUAAACACUCUUUUACGGCUUAAAGUUAACCAUGAUAGGUCUA